GAUGUAUUUCCAGCACGUCUCCGGGCAGUCCACAUCGUCAACGAGCCCUCCUCCUUCGCCAGUAUCUUCGCCCUCUUCAAGCCUUUCCUCAAACAAAAGCUGUUGCAAAGGAUUCACUUCCACGGCAGCGAUUACGCUUCGCUCCACGAACAUAUAGACAGGGAGUUACUUCCUAAAUGCUUUGACGGAGAAAGACCUGACGUCACGGAUCACGAAUGGUGCAACGUCAUCAAGACAUGCGACAAGGAGUUUGAAGACGACAACAAGUAUGGACUGGUCGACAUGGUUGUGGGGGCGGGGUCAGGAGGAGGGGCUGGCGGAGUAGUUGGCGGGGAUAAAAUGGCAGGGACGUUCAAAAAACUCACUGUCGACUAACUGGUUGAUGUAUUUUU